AGUCUUGCCGCGAGUUUCAACGAGCUGCGAUGGCAGUUGGCCAGAGUUUUUAGCCAGGCUAAGCAGAUGCAUUAAUCAGUCAUUAGUAUUCGGCCAGUACGCACCGAGAGUAACGACUUUGAAAACCCGUUUCGGCCAUAAAAGCCGAUAGUACUCAUUAAACACAAAGCGAAAACAAACAAUACAAAAAGAUGGCAGACGACUCUUCAAAGGGAGCUAUCAACAAUGGCUACGAAAUGGACCAUAAAGAGUUGGAAAUCCAUGACCUUGAAGAAUUCAAGGAACUUCCGCUGGAAAACAUGGCAGAGGUCUCAAAAGAAAAGGGAUACUUUGAGAAGAAUCCGAAAGUGGCUCGUCUUGUAAAGAUCUCUACUUAUAUAUUGUUGCACCUCGUUGUAGUGGGUUACUUUUCAUAUGCUACCUAUCACUAUCACGACAUAACCAAUUAUGAGUGCUACUGGAAAGAUAAUCCUUUGUGUGGUAUUAACUUCUGCACUGGUUAUGGAAUGCUCUUGCUCCUAUUGGGUUUCACCUACUUUGGUCUGUUUUACUAUUACAUCUUCAAGCCCAUGGUGGGGAGAAAACUACACAGAAGCUUCCUAAGUCCUUUUUCCAAAAAAUGGCACACUUUCAGCAGAACCAGGGUUGUGUCAUUUGCCAGCAUAGCCGUGAUCCUCGUCCUGCUGGGCAUAUUCGUGUACUUCGAGACCCGGGACCAGCCACAGAAGCUGGUAUCCCUGGUGGGCCCCUGCUUCUUCAUCCUGUGCGGCUACGUCUUCUCCACAAAACGAAGUGCCAUCAAAUGGCGCAUUGUGAUCACGGGGAUCACGUGCCAGUUCCUGCUCGGCAUCUUCUGCAUCCGCUGGGAGGUGGGCCGCAAAAUCUUCGAAUGUUUUGGCAACAAGGUGGCCACCUUCCUGGGCUAUGGCACCGAUGGAGCAGAGUUCGUGUUCGGCGACUUCCUGGUGUCAAACAACGUGUUUGCCUUCGCCAUCCUGCCGGUGAUCUUCUUCUUCAGCUUCUUCAUCUCUAUCCUGUACUACCUGGGUACGAUGCAAUGGAUAGUUGUAAAGCUGGGAUGGAUCUUGCAGGAGGUCAUGGGUACCACCGUCUGCGAAAGUGUGACGGCGGCGGCCAAUAUCUUCCUGGGAAUGUCUGAGAGUCCACUGCUCAUCAGGCCGUACAUCAACAAGCUGACCAAGAGCGAAAUCCACAGCAUCAUGGUGUCCGGUUUUGCGACGGUAUCUGGAACCGUGCUGGCGGCAUACUUGUCCUUUGGGGCAUCCGCUGCCCACUUGAUCACCUCCUCGGUGAUGGCGGCUCCCGCCACGCUGGCCAUCUCCAAGCUCUACAUGCCGGAGACGGAGGAGAGCCAGACCUCAGCGGAUUCAAUAGAGUUGGAAAAAUCGCAGGACUCUUCGCUGUUGGAUGCAGCGUCCAGUGGUGCCAGCAAUGCCGUGCCCAUUGUCCUGGGCAUCAUUGCCAACAUAGUGGCCUUUGUGGCCUUCAUUGCCUUCCUCAAUGGCCUGGUCAGCUGGUUUGGCUAUCUGGUGGGUCUGGAGCACAUUGACUUCGAGUGGAUAUUUUCGAAGCUGUUCAUUCCGCUCGUCUGGGCGAUGGGUGUGCCCCCCGAGGACUGCGAUAUCAUCGCCAAAGUGGUGGCCACCAAGACCAUUAUCAACGAGUUUGUGGCCUAUGAGCGUCUGGGUCAAUACAUUGACAACAAACAAAUCACUGCCCGCAGCGCUGGCAUCGCCACUUUUGCCAUCUGCGGCUUCGCCAAUCCCAGUUCCUUGGGCAUCCUCAUCGGAUCCCUCAGUGCCAUGGCGCCUCAUCGUCGCUCCACCAUCACAUCGGUGGCUUUCCGAGCCUUUGUGGUGGGCAGCAUAGUCUGCUUCGUAUCCGCCAGUUUUGCAGGCAUCCUUUUACAAGAAGAGGAAGAGGCGAUCAACUACAACCGGAUAUUCCAGAAAUUGGGUCGGAAAAACGUUACUCAGUUUUAGUUCCUUCCUUCCAGUGAUAAUUAGCUGAUGAAAUUAUACAAAAUACACAAAUUCUUAUUUAUUAAAUAAAUGUUGUUGCUAAGAUUAUUA